AAUGGAUUAAGAGAGGCUCGAAGCGAAGCAAGACCAGUGAAUGAAGGGGUAAGCCCCGACCGCGCCAUGGCGGCAGUCUCCUCGCCUCUCAUCCACUCUUGCCUCCGAUCCCAUUCUCCUCGUCUCGCCAGUUUGUUCCUUCCCUCGACUCUACUACGGAGGCCUCCUCACCACUUCAAAUCUUUGCCGACCGGUAGUUGCCGCAGACUCGCCGUUGCAUCCUCUUUUACCUCCUCCGCAGUGGAAUCGGAUCCUCGUCUGGCAGUCGGUCCGGCAGUCGAGGUGAGCGAUGGGACCUCCGAGGUCAAAAAAGAGGAAGAUUUAGUGGAGCAAAGGAUCAUCCUUCCAACUAAUGAGUCAUCCGAGAAACUACUCCGGAUUCGCCACACGUGUGCACAUGUUAUGGCGAUGGCUGUUCAGAGGCUCUUCCCUGGUUCUAAAGUGGCCAUAGGUCCGUGGAUAGAUAAUGGCUUUUAUUAUGAUUUUGAUAUGGAGCCUUUGGCGGAUAGAGACCUAAAGAGAAUAAAGAAGGAAAUGGAUCGAAUUAUUAGUCGGAAUCUGCCGUUAAUAAAAGAAGAAGUCUCCAGAGAAGAGGCCAAGAUACGGAUUAUGGCUCUUAAUGAGCCUUAUAAGUUGGAAAUAUUGGAAAGUAUAAAGGAAGAGCCUAUUACGAUUUAUCAUAUAGGAAACGAAUGGUGGGAUCUUUGUGCUGGACCCCAUGUGGACUCAACUGGACAUAUAGACAAAAAGGCUAUUGAACUGGAAUCUGUUGCUGGAGCCUACUGGCGAGGUGAUGAGAAUAAACCCAUGUUGCAAAGGAUAUAUGGAACAGCAUGGGAGACUGAAGAACAUUUAAAAGCUUUCCUUUAUUUAAAGGAAGAGGCAAAGCGACGUGAUCAUAGGCGUCUUGGUCAGGAUCUCGAUCUGUUCUCUAUACAGGAAGAUGCAGGUGGAGGGUUGGUGUUUUGGCAUCCAAAAGGUGCCAUCAUGAGGCACCUUAUUGAAGAUACAUGGAAAAAAAUUCAUCUGGACCAUGGUUAUGAGCUACUUUACACUCCCCAUGUUGCCAAGGUUGAUCUAUGGAAAAUCAGUGGCCACUUGGAAUUUUACAGAGAAAAUAUGUAUGAUCAGAUGAACAUAGAAGAUGAACUCUAUCAACUUAGGCCAAUGAAUUGUCCUUACCACAUAUUGGUUUACAAAAGGAAACUGCAAUCAUACAGGGAUCUUCCCAUCAGAGUUGCUGAGUUGGGAACAGUAUACCGAUACGAAUUGUCUGGUAGCUUGCAUGGACUGUUUCGGGUGCGAGGGUUUACUCAGGAUGAUGCACACAUUUUCUGUUUGGAUGACCAAAUUAAACAUGAGAUCAGGGGUGUUCUUGAUUUAACAGAGAAGAUAUUGCUUCAAUUUGGUUUUAGAAAGUAUGAAGUUAAUCUUUCAACCCGGCCAGAGAAAUCUGUUGGCAGCGAUGAUAUAUGGGAAAAAGCAACUUCUGCCUUAAGAGAUGCUCUCGAUGACAAAGGUUGGCAUUAUCAGAUUGAUGAAGGUGGUGGUGCUUUCUAUGGUCCAAAAAUUGAUCUAAAGAUUGAAGAUGCUCUUGGAAGGAAAUGGCAAUGCUCAACAGUGCAGGUUGAUUUCAAUCUGCCAGAGCGGUUUGACAUGUCAUAUGUUGACUCCAAUGCUGAAAAGAGACGUCCUAUUAUGAUCCACAGAGCUGCGCUUGGGUCCCUUGAGAGAUUUUUUGGUGUCCUUAUAGAGCAUUAUGCUGGCGACUUUCCACUAUGGAUUGCUCCGAUCCAAGCUCGGAUUUUACCUGUAACUGAUACUGAGGUCCAGUACUGCACUGAGAUUGUCUCAAAACUCAGUUCUACAGGCAUUCGAGCUGAGAUAUGCCAUGGUGAGCGCCUACCGAAACUCAUAAGGAAUGCAGAAAAACAGAAAGUGCCUUUGAUGGCUGUUAUUGGGCCAAGAGAAGUCGAGACUCACACAGUAACUAUUAGGUCAAGGUUUGGAGGUGAACUAGGAACCAUGACGAUUGACGAGUUCAUCAGUAGAAUCAAGUCGGCAGCGGAAAAAAGAAGAUUCUUAUAAAAAGCUUAUGAAUCAUCCUAACCAAGUUUGUUCAGUCAUCAAAAAAACUUAGAUGUAUGCUCAAACAUAGCCAUGCAAAUUUUGUGCAUUAUUUUCUGUGACUUAGAUACUAUUUUGUAUGCACUAUAUAUUUUGUUUGAUCGUUUAAAAACGCAGUGGAAAAUGCUUUUAAGACA